AUGCCCGGUGGAAGGAGGGGACCCAGCCGGCAGCAGCUAAGCCGUUCAGCUUUGCCUUCUCUCCAGACGCUGGUUGGCGGGAGCUGCGGAAACGGUACUGGUUUGAGAAACAGGAAUGGUAGUGCCAUCAGCCUCUCCGCACCUCCGAUCACAGCCCUGAUUACUCCAGAGCCUGUACGUCACUGCCGGAUCCCUGAACUGCCAUUGGAUGGGAGCCUUCUCUUUGAAUUCCUGUUCUUCAUCUACCUACUGGUAGCCCUCUUCAUUCAGUACAUCAACAUCUACAAGACUGUCUGGUGGUACCCGUACAAUCACCCUGCUUCCUGCACCUCACUGAAUUUUCACCUCAUUGACUACCACCUGGCGGCGUUCAUCACAGUGAUGCUGGCGCGGAGGCUGGUGUGGGCCCUCAUCUCUGAGGCUUCUCAGGUGGGUGCGACAUCAGUGAUUCACUACAUAGUGCGCCUGGUGCUGCUCACCCUCUGUGGAUGGGUGCUCUGCUGGACUCUGGUCAACCUCUUCCGCAGCCAUUCUGUUCUCAACCUUCUCUUCCUGGGCUACCCGUUUGGCGUCUACGUUCCUCUGUGCUGCUUCCACCAGGACAGCAGAGCACAGCCCCUACCUGCGGACUGUGGUUACUUGGUACAGGACCAGAUAGUGGAUGAUGGGGCUUCAGCUGUCAGCAGCCUGGUCAAACCCAAAGAUUUCCUCUCGCUUCUGUGGGAAUCCCUGAGAGAACAGUUCAAUAAUCCUACAUCUAUCCCCACCCACAGCUGCCCCCUGUCCCCAGAUCUCAUCCGCAAUGAGGUGGAGUGCCUAAAAGCAGAUUUCAACCGCAGGAUCAAGGAAGUUCUCUUCAACUCUCUCUUCAGUGCCUACUAUGUGGCAUGUUCUUGUCUGGUCUCUUUGCAGAGCACCCAGUACUACGACAUGCGCUGGUCCUGUGAGCACCUCAUCAUGGUGUGGAUCAAUGCCUUUGUCAUGCUCACCACUCAGCUGCUGCCUCCCAAGUACUGUGACCUGCUCCACAGAUCAGCUUCCCACCUCGGCAAGUGGCAGAAACUAGAACAUGGUUCCUACAGCAAUGCUCCACAGCAUAUCUGGUCAGAAAACACAAUAUGGCCACAAGGAGUUCUGGUGCGACGUAGCCGAUGCCUGUAUAAAGCAGUUGGGCCUUACAACGUAGCAGUGCCUUCAGAUGUGUCCCAUGCCCGCUUUUAUUUCCUUUUUCACCGUCCAUUACGGCUGCUCAACCUGCUGAUUCUCAUCGAAGGCAGUGUGGUCUGCUACCAGCUCUACUCACUGCUGCGCUCAGAAAAGUGGAACCAUACCCUCUCCAUGGCCCUCAUCCUUUUCUGCAAUUAUUAUGUCUUAUUUAAGCUCCUCCGGGACCGGAUAGUAUUAGGCAGGGCAUACUCCUACCCACUUAACAACUAUGGACUCAAGGCACACUAGGCUGGCCAAAUAUGUACCCCUUCUCUUUCUCUUCCCCCAGGGCAGGGAGGGAACCUCAGAAAAAAAAAUAUUUUCGUACAGUUCUAUUUUUUUCUUGCGGCGUUUAUAAAUAUUUAAAAUAUUUUAUAUUUUGUAUACUAUUGUUUUUGUGGGGUGGGAAGGGAACCAGUGGCAAUUAAAUGUCGCUUUAUAAACAAGGUGUUAUUUUAUAUAUAUAAAAAAAGAUCAAUGUGUAUA